AUGCACGCCGUCAGCUUGGCUGGCCUGUGCGCCGAGCUCUCGCGAAUACAGGUGGACUUGCUUCAGCGCCGCGGUGCCCCGCUUCUACUGGCUCACGAAGGCGUUCAGUUGCUGCGAGAACAGUUGCCGGCGAUCGAGUUGCCAUCCUCAGUGAACCCGCAGAUUUCCAUGUUGGUGCCGAAGCUGCUGCGGUCGUGUGCGACAGUGCUGCGUUUCGUGCCGUACGAGGACGUGCUGCCCGCGUUGGACGCGCUGGAGUUCUGCGCGACCCUCACAGCAAAGUACAAUGAUGGGGGCCACAUUGGCAGUUCGAUCAACCUGAACGAUCUCUGCUCGCUCCUUCGCUCCAUCAGCUCCCUAGACGAGUGUCAGGCUCGCCUGUUGGAGUUGACAAAGCUCCCAUCGCACUUCAACGUUGGCGCGUCACGAGCAUCAGAGUCUCCGACGGCCACAACCGCCCCGGUGCCAGUGCGCCGCUUUGGAACGGUUUUCUUGUCCGUGUAUCAUCAUGCCAUGCAGUUGUGGUCGCUGGGGCGAGAGAGGCCGACGACGCUUAGCGUGCUAUCGCUCCUCGAGGCAACCAGUCGGGUCUACGGUAAAGGGUUCCACUUCCCAACCGUCGGCGCGGACAAGGGCAGCCUGCUGCCGGCGAAGGCGAAGAUUCGAAUGGAAGCAAAGAUACAGCGCUGUGUUGGCGCACGCGGCCUGUUGACAUCACUGCGCGAGCUGGAGCUGAAUCGCACAGAUGCCGGCAUGUGCCUCGCAACAAUGGCGCAGACCGGCCUUUAUGAUGCCGAGGUGUGCAAUCGUAGCUGCAAUGUCCUCUUCUCUCAGCACGCAAUCCUGUCAAGCCAGCAGCUGUGCCAGGUUAUGUUUCAUCUCGGCACACUGCAGCAUCGCCACGUUCAUCAGAAGUUCUUUUCGAGUCUGAUCGAGCCCGAGAGGUGCAACGCAGAGGCAAUUCGGCAACAUGUUCUCGGACUCGCAAUGCUGCGGCAGCCACCGCCAAGCGAGGUGAGACUCAUGAAUGGCGUCUUCCUACAUGCACUUCGCACCCCCCACGCGCGCCAGCGGCAGCAGCGCAACUGCGAAGGUUCCUCCUCCUGUACACCGUCUGCUCAGUCGGAGAGACGUGAUGAACAGACGCGUCAUUUAUUGUCUUCUCACGCGCGUCGAGCUAUUGCCGACCCCUUGAACGACAAUGAAUACAUCCUCCCGCCGCAGUGGUACAUUGAUGUUGGCCAUAGCCUCACCUGCCUUGGCAUCCAGCACCCCAAGUACAAACUCAUGACAGCGCGGCAGACCCGCCGCAGCAUUGGCCGCCUCACAACAGCAGAGCGGUGCAAGCUCCUCUAUGCCCUAGGCGGCAUGACCGUGGAAGAGGUGCCGCUAGAACUCCGUCAGACGUGGCACGCCAAGGUCAAGCGGAGUAUCGACAUUGCAGCGGAAAAGCUCAAGGAUAUCGAGCCGCACGAGGGUCCCUACGUCAUGAACGCGCUUCUGUAUUGUGGCAUACAGAAUCACCCACGCAUCCCCCGGGCGCCACAGCUGGAGUCGGACAAGAAUCCUGUGGAGGUGUUGCUGCGCACGUGGGCCACAGUGCCAAAGGAACGGGUGCUGGAGCUGACAGAGCAGAUCAAACUACAGCACCUCCGCACUACAGCCUGGAAAGCACCCUCCGCAUUGGCCGAGGUGGCGACACGCGUGGCGGCGACACUUGACGGGGCGUCGCCGGAGGAGCCUCACCAGCUGGAGCCGCUCUGCGCUGCGGUGGAGACGCACAGCGCGGACAUGGCUGCCGAAGACUUGUUGCGCACACUGAAGGCGCUUCUGCAGAUGGGCUACACAGGUCCGUGUCAGCACGACGCCAUUCGCCAACUCCUUGCCCACCUGUGGGGACGGCGGUACGACCUGGAGGGGGAGCAGCUCAUACAGUGCUGCGAGUGUGUUCGGCAGUGCAGCGACUUGCCGGAGGCUAUGCGACUGUUACAUUUUGCUGCUUCACAUUAA